AUGUAUAAAUUCGCCAGUGUAUUGCGGCGGCUGCGGAUUAUCAAUUGUGCAUCGACAAGUCCUUUGCUUCGAUAUCGGACACUGUUACACAUCUCCAGAAUGAACUUGAUGACUAUCUCUCAGCUGCUUGAGGAGGCCUACAACAAGCACAAAAUUGUGCCAGACGUGGUCGACAAGUUCGAUACCCAUGGCUUGUUAACAAUUGAGUAUUCUCCAGAGUCAUUGGUCACAUUGGGCAACACCUUAAAGGUGAAAGACACCCAGAAGAGUCCCAAGAUUCAGUUCACACUCAAUUCACCCAACCAGGAGGAAGAAUUGCAGGUGGAGCAAGAGGAUCGAUUCUUGUUGGUUCUUACGGAUCCAGAUGCGCCAUCUAACUCAGACCAUAAGUGGUCAGAGUAUUGUCACUGGAUUGCUAAGGAUCUCACUUUGAACACCAAUAAUGCCCAAGAAGAUAGCUUGUCGACUGUGUUAGACCUCAGCAAAGCCACACACAUCGUUCCGUAUGAGGGUCCAGCACCUCCAGAAAAGACUGGCAAGCAUCGCUAUGUGUUUUUGUUGUACAAGCAGGAUCCAAGCGUGAAGUACGAGCCCCCAAAGGAUAGACCUACUUGGGGUACGGACACUCCGGGGCUGGGCGUGGCGGAAUGGAUCAAGUCUGUUGGAGGAAAGUCUCAACUUCUUGGAGUGAACUUCUUCUACGCACAGAACGAGGUCCAGGAGUAA